UUUGACGGAUAAUACGGAAUCGUUGAAGAUUAGAGGGACUAAGAUAAAAAUAACCUUCUUUUUUUUGAUAUUUUAACUUUAAUUUUACUAAUUAAAUCUCAAUUUCCUCUUCCUCGUCUUUCUUAUAUGAAUAAUUUUUAGCGGGAGCUCGAUCUAAGGAUUCUCCAGUUGGCCAUGGUUGAAGAAAGCAAUAGCAGUUGCAGUUCCAUGGCGUCGUCAGCUAUCGACCCAGCUCCCAAGUCCGCUUCCUCCUACUUAGAUCCUCACUACUGGGACGAGCGAUUCGCAGUGGAAGAUCAUUACGAAUGGUUGAAAGAUUACUCCCAUUUCCAACACCUCAUCCGCCGCCACAUCAACCCCUCUCAUUCUGUUCUGGAAUUGGGUUGUGGGAAUUCAAGGCUGUGUGAAGAUCUGCUGAGCGAUGGAAUCACCCAGCUCACUUGCAUCGACCUCUCUUCUGUCGCUGUUCACAGGAUGCAAAAUCGAUUAUCCGAUAAAGGCAUCAAAGAUAUCAAAGUGCUUCAGGCGGAUAUGCUAGACCUACCCUUUACAAAUGAAUGCUUCGAUGUUGUCAUUGAGAAAGGAACCAUGGAUGUCUUGUUCGUGGAUAGUGGUGACCCAUGGAAACCUCAUCCUGAGACAGUACGCAAGGUGAUGAAAAUGUUGGAGGGUGUUCACAGAAUUUUGAAACCAGACGGCAAAUUCAUUUCCAUAUCCUUCGGACAGCCACACUUCAGGCGUCUGCUGUUCGAAGCACCAUCUUUUACCUGGUCCAUUGAAUGGAAUACAUUUGGAGAUGGAUUCCAUUAUUUCUUCUACGCCUUGCAGAAGGGCAGAAGGUCACUAAAGAGCAACGAAUGCUGCAAUCAUGUUUCUAUUAGGCCAUCCUUUAAUAUGCUACAUGAUGAACUCGAAGAUGAAGAUUACUUAUUCAGGACAUGCGUGGAUGAAUAUUGAAUUUCACCCAGUUGAAGGAUUUCGAAAUCACAAAUCAAAUGAGCGAGUAUGCUGAAGAGCUAGGAUUAUUCGUCUUUGGUCAUGCUGGAAAAGUUGAAAGUUGGGGUUGAGAAGGGAAGUGAGGAAAAAAAGAAACAAAAGUUAGGGUGGUCGCGUGUAGUAUUUUCAUGUCAGCAAAGUAGGCUGCUACAUGGAAAAUGAAUGCUCCUGUCUCAGAAUAAUCUGCACGCGAGUCUUCUAAAUUUUAGUCGGGGGAUAUUUGUACCGAAACUUUAUUUACUUGCUGUUUCACUUUCAUCGAAAUGGUCCCACAUUAUUAUUGUUGUUGUACGAUACAGCAGUAAAUUAGGACAGAGGUUCAUAUAUCUGUUUGGCUGUAGUUUUGACUGCAUCAAAGAUUUUGUCAUGAUUUGGAUAGAAUGAUCGUCAUGGGA